UUUCCAUGGUGACCAAAAAUGACAACAGUUCGCAUUUGGUGCCUCUCCAGCCUAUACUGACGUUGAUGACCACCACCCUUCUCGUUUUAUAUUUCUUAGCAUUAGCAAUAACCUUAAAAUGUCUGUGCUUCGUAUAGAGUUUGAGGAGGAAGAGUUUGAGAAGUACUACACUGUGUUUGACGGCUCCUCACAGGAUGAUGUCUCUCACGCCAAGUUGCUGUGGAAUUCUCUGUCCCUCUUACCACCGCAGGAGUCGCGCUUGGAGUCGUCCGAUAUACACCAGAGGCUACCGGUAGCGAGGUCACGUAAGGACACCACCAGUGCCAUCUCCAAAUCAAUCGCUGAGCUGAAAGUGCCGCCGCAAAAGAGUCGCCAGCGCCUGCAGCUAACGCUAGCUCAAAGUCAGGAGGAGAGAAAGAAAUACUUAGGUAUGGCCAAUCAGAGAGGGGAAAUUCUGGAUUUACUGAUGAAGCAAAAAGGGCAGAGGAUACAGAAGGAGAUGGCCUCUCGUCCCUACAAGCCCAAGCAGAGGGACGGGUUUAAGAGUGUAGGAAAUUAUGCUACAACAUUUUCAAAAGACUUGGACAUUGAGGAGGUCAAGCUGCUACAAUAG